AGCACUGAGGCGUGUUAGCAGUUAGCUCAGUUAGCCCGGCAAGGACACUCAGGCUGGAAUGACAUUAGUCUAACUGAGCUGAUGAAUGGUUAGCGGCUCGUUGGUGGGGUUAACCAACUGGUUAUCGGUGAACAGAUCAUGAGCUGAAGACACGGAGAGCCCCGGCGACUCAGCGCUUUCUCCUGUUUCAGCUUUGUUUAGGUCUUUCCCCCAUAGCUAAGGAUCAGUCAGCGUAAUACGCUCAGAAAAGACAGCCUGUGUGGUUCAUCUGUGUCCUCCUGUGGUUGCCCUGGGUGAUGGUCAUCUGGUGACUGGGGUUAGCUUCGCCCCUGUGGUGAAUGGCUGUGAGCAGAGGGGGCAUUGCCUUCUGGGUGGGGUGUGUCCGCAGCCAUGGCAGAAGGCAGCCUAUCAGCAGGCGAGGCUGGAGUCUCAUCCAGCUUACAGGCUCUACGUGUAUCCAUCCGGCCCGCCCCCUCAGCGGUGCAUCAUGGGCCCUGUUGCCCCCAAACAGCCUGAGGUACCAGCACAAUAAGCAGCCGCUGCUGUCCCACCCGUUCCACCAUGCCAGCCAGCCGCAGAGGGGGGGUUACUGGGAGGAGCGAUGGGAGGAGCCUCUCAGUGUGUGCGUGCUGGUUGGUCAGGGCGAGUCAGAUGGCCUGCACACACUCCUGGAGAUCCAUCUGCCUGGUCAUAGGAGCCCUGGAAAUCUCCUGAACCCCAGGUCAUCUGAGUUCUGCUUCCCGCUGACCACGGUGGACGGCUGCCGAGAGGAUGACAUCAGUGUGGACAGCUUCAGGAGGAACCCUGCUGACUUUCUGAAGACAGAACACGGAUGUUUCAGAAGUCUGUUUGAAGCAGAGAAGUGUCCCGCUCCAUUCAUGUAUGGAUCACACUUUUAUUGUUUUCACUGCCCGGGGACGGAGCCGGGAACGGAGCUGGGUACAGAGCCAAGUACUAAACUGGGUACGGAGCCAGGUUCUGAACCGGAGAAUGGACUUUAUAAACCUGUGGAGCUGCCUCUGCUGCCCCCUACCUUCCUGUGCAGCCCUGCAGAGGGAGUGGUGGGCGAGGUGCACGGGUCUGGAGACAGUGAAAGGGAGGAGAAACUGGCACUGAUGUAUGAACGUCUGAGGAUAGAGCUGCCGAGUUUCUUCAUAAAGAACCACGACUACAGCCUUUACUCCAGAGACCUGGAAUUCAUCAACGGACUGCUCAACACCAAGACCAGGGGGCGGGUAGUGUACCAGCUGACCCUCUCCCUAUGGCGUGCCCUUUGUAUGUGCUACUAUGCCAACGCUGAACUGGAGGUGUUGAAGCUAACAAAGCACAUGGAGGAUGGCACUAUUAAGGCCCGCUGGAGAAUCAGAGGCCUCCCCUUUCACGUUCUGCUGUUGCGCUUCUAUCGCAAAGACAAGUCUCAGCUGUUCAGGUCAUACGACGCGUUCUCGACGUUUUACAUUGGACAGGAUGGGCUCAUCCACUGUCACCAAGUAGAAAAGGUGAUGCCUGCUCGGCCCCCCAUCCUCCCAAGGGUGCGGUCUCUGCUGGCGGGGGCGUUGGUGGCGCUGGGUGUACAGGAGCACCGCCCUGCUCUGAACCUGCUGCCCCCCCUGCUGUCCACUCUCAGACACAGCAGGAACUGAUUCACUGGGGUCAGAGGUCACAUAGAAGAUGUUAACAUGAAGCUAUGUGUGCUAACAUGUCAUCACGUCCCCUCUAUAAUGAACCGCAAAGCCCCGCCCCCUGUCAGAGCUGCUGUCUGUGGUCAUAAACGUGAUGUAAAGAACACAGAGAUGACUGGACUGAUGAGGAAGAAAAUGCAUGCAUGUCAUAGGAGAAACAGGCAGAUUAUCAUUAAUGACAUGACAGAUGGUUAGAUCUAGCCAUCAGACACCAUUUACACCUGAAUCAACAUCCAUUGAGAUACCAAGUAAUACUUUGAAAACGGUUUGAUAGUGCUGACUGCAUACAGAGGUGGUCUUGGAUGUCUUCAUCUGGACUGGAUCAGUUUAGUAGACACAACAUGCAUUGAAAUGCUUUAGCCCCAUAAUUGUCCUUUGUUAGGAACUUUUGGCAAAGUAGGUGGAACUGGUGAGGAGUAAGGGUUUUCCUCACCAGUUCAACCCAAUUUUUACAAAAGUUGGCUUCUAUUUGGCAAAAAUAAGGGUAAAAAGGCCCCAACAUCCCCAGCUUCACUAACAAUCUGUCCUCUUCCUCUGACGUUUAUGUCAUCCUUUGAAGAUGAUAUCAUCUUUUGAAGUUGAAGUCAUCCUUUGAAGAUGAUAUUGUUUGAAGUUAAUGUCAUCCUUUGAAGAUGAUAUUAUUCGAAGUUAAUGUCAUCCUUUGAAGAUGAUAUCAUCAUUUGAAGUUGAUGUCACCCUUUGAAGAUGAUGUUAUCAUUUUAAGCCUUUGAUAGGCUUCUAAGUACCAUCAUUUAUUGUUUACUGCAUACAGCAUGUAGUGACUGUUCAGCCUGCUCAGCUGCUCAGGGCUCUGCAGCACAUCACUCCUUUAAAACACUUCCAGUGCACUGUCAAACAGAGCAAAUCGCUCUGCACCUGGAACGCAGCACAGGUGGAGGAUGUGGGUUUUGUGUUUUGAACAUGCUAACACUGUUAGCAGCUCUCCUUUCUGUCAGACAUCAUGAACCAACCACAACGCUCCUUACAGUCUUCUGUUAGCUCACUACUGCUCUCAUGUGUGACAGUUGAAGAUAAAUUUAUUACUUUCAGGAUACACACUAGAGUCACCUGUAAAAAUCAUCUAGUGACUACCCCUCCAGUGUUUGGGGGGUGCAGCUUAAUUUGAGACUCAAACAGGCACAACUGAUUAUUUGUCCAAAUAAUUCCCAAGCAGGUGGUGCCACUAAAAACAGAAGUCGUAGACACUGAUACUGGGUCAUUGAUGGGUUCUAAUAAAUGCAGGUAAUUUACUGCACGCUGUCUUAAGUGCACAAAUAAGUUGGUGACAUUUGGACAAGAGGGUGAAGUGGAAGAGGAGUGCCUCCAUCUCUUUAGUCCAAUUAAAACAUCCAUAGACUCCAGCCAGUGGCACUUCCUGUACAUGAGCUGUACAUACUGAGGCUUCCUUAUGUGUUGAUCUCCUUUAAACAGCAAUAAGCAGCAUGCUGUACCAUCACAGCACACACCUGUGUGUGAUCAUACCUGUCUAAUCAGUGUCUUUGUGUAGCUGCAAUUACUCACUGUGUGAAUAAAUCAAUAAAGCUAUG